AUGAAUGGCCGUCGAUGUAUCUCAAGUCGCAAAAGCACUGUCUUCGACAACGAUGUCAGCGACGCUCAUGUGCCACUUGCCAUCAAGUACUUAGAGCAGGUGAGUUUUAAAAUGUCUGUGACCAAGAAACACACGGAUGUGCGAUACCUUAUGCGAGUGCGACAUCAUGACCAUAAUGUCAUCUGGAGCCUUAAGAGAUCUUUUGAUGAAUACCGCAAGUUGCGGCUGCGACUUCUCCGAAAGCUACAACACGGUCAUUUUUGCAACGCCAAUUGUCCGUGGCUCUAUGGUUUCUUGAAAAGCUACUUUCCCAAAAAGCGUGUGUUUAUAUUCUCGAGCGCUCACAUGAUCGAGCGUCGCAAAAGAAUGCUUGAAAGAUUCUUCGCUGUACUUUACGAAUUUUUGACUGACCACAAGAACUUUGGGUGCUCGAUUAUCAUGACCGUAUUUGCUCACGAAGUCGUCGAGUUUAUUUAUGGUGACGCAUUGCAGCAGCAUGGACUGAUUCAUAUUGACAGAUCACCUUUCGAGCCUCUAGACAGAACGACCUUGCGAUUGAGCGAGAGUUUCAAUUUCGAGAACGAUGCAGAGGAAUCGUCGCAAAACAUACGAUGUAUUCGACGAGAUGUAGACCGACAACUAGGCACCCAAUUAUCAUUAACCAUGUCACUUGGAGAAUCAAUGCUAGACGAUGACAACUUGGAUGAUGAACAGUGCAAGAUUUGCGGCUUAAUGCUCAGCGGAAUUGCUGGAGAGGACUUGACGUCAACAACAAUUCUUCAAGAUGACAGCAAACGGUUUGUACAUAGCAUGGAAUCGCUAGAUAGCAAUGGACAAGCGAAUUUCAAGGUAAAUUGUAGGAUUAAUAGCUCUGGUGGAUCUUAUCGAAGCAGCAGCGCUAGACGACGACGACGAGCAGUGGUAUAUUACUUGACGACACUGAGUUGUGGUCAUCAAUUCCACGAUGAAUGCAUUGUACCGAAGCUCAACGAGUUGUUUGAAUGCCCCACAUGUGGUUGCAAACCGAGUAACGAUUAA